AUGCAUCGCAACACCAUUGCCGUGCUUGCUGGCGCCCAGCUUGCUGCUGCUGGCCUGUAUCCCGGCAUCACGUCCGACAAUCACACUUGUGCAUUGGCUGACCCUGUCCUGUCUUGCUCCAAAGGCGCUGUCCCCGGAAAGGUGGACACCUGCUGCGUCGAGACAUUUGGAGGUUUAGUGCUCCAAACCCAGUUCUGGGAUACUCAGUCCGGCUUCGAAAGCCAAGGACAGAGAUACCCCGAAAACACAUGGACAAUUCAUGGAUUAUGGCCCGAUUUUUGCAAUGGAAGCUACACUCAGUACUGCGACCUAAGCCGCCAAUAUGACCCUCACCCUGCUCCCAACACAACCGACGGCACUCCUCAUGGAACUCCCGUCCCUCCGUACACCGGUCCCUCGAUCGAGACCUUCUUCGAGCCAUACGGAAAGAUGGACCUCCUCGCUUACAUGAAGAAGUACUGGGUCAACCAGGGCGCUCCUAGCUGGGAGCUGUGGGCUCACGAGUUCUCCAAGCACGCCACCUGCUACUCUACCUUUCAAAAGGAGUGCUACGGACCCAAAGCCAGCGAAUACGACGACCUCUUCCAAUUCUACGAGACCGUCAUUUCUUACUACAAGACCCUCCCCACCUGGCGCUGGCUCUCCGCCUCCAACAUCCACCCCUCCAACAGGACCUCCUACACACUUUCUCACAUUCAAGCCGCGCUGACCCGCGAGUACGGCGUAAUUCCCUACCUCGGCUGCGGCGGUCCCAAGUACAACGAGACAAAAGCCGGCAAGGGUUCUCGUGACAACGGCGGCACGCAGCUGAACGAGGUGUGGUACUACUAUCACGUCUAUGGCGCUCCCCAGCAGAACCAGGCCCUGCGAGUGCCUGCUGAUAUUGCCGGCGGUUCGCUGACAAGUUGUGCCAAGACUCCGGGCGCCAUUUGGUAUUAUGAGCGCGCUCCGGGUAGUGAGACGAAAUAG